CCUGUCCUCCUCACACGCUACACUGCUCUCAUUUUUCUCAUUCUCCACUCUGGGUCCUGUCUGUUUGAAGUUUUAUUUCCCCACCUUUCUCACCCAUCUUUUCCUUUAUCUCCAGAAGCCAAUGCAAGACAUUGGUUCCUAUUAAGCGACAGCUCGGGACCCGGGGUGCACGAGGGGGAUCCGAGUGGUGAUGGAGUGCACUUCUUCGAGGGCUGGACUGAACCGAGCACACCUACAGUGCAGGAAUCUACAGGAGUUCUUAGGGGGCCUGAGUCCUGGGGUGCUGGACCGAUUGUAUGCUCACCCUGCCACUUGUCUGGCUGUCUUCAGGGAGCUCCCAUCUUUGGCUAAGAACUGGGUGAUGCGGGUGCUCUUUCUGGAGCAGCCCCUGCCACAGGCUGCUGUGGCCCUGUGGGUGAAGAAGGAAUUCAGCACGGCUCAGGAGGAAAGCACAGGGCUGCUGAGCACCCUCCGUAUCUGGCAUACACAGCUGCUCCCUGGCGGACUCCAGGGCCUCAUCCUCAACCCCAUCUUCCGCCAGAACCUCCGAAUUGCCCUUCUGGGUGGGGGCAAGGCCUGGUCUGAUGACACAAGUCAGCUGGGACCAGACAAGCACGCUCGGGACGUCCCCUCACUUGACAAGUAUGCCGAGGAGCGCUGGGAGGUGGUCUUGCACUUCAUGGUGGGCUCCCCCAGUGCAGCCGUCAGCCAGGACCUGGCUCAGCUCCUCAGCCAAGCUGGACUCAUGAAGAGCACUGAGCCUGGAGAGCCGCCCUGCAUUACCUCUGCUGGCUUCCAGUUCCUGCUGCUGGACACACCUGCCCAGCUCUGGUACUUCAUGCUGCAGUACCUGCAGACAGCCCAGAGCCGGGGCAUGGACCUAGUGGAGAUUCUCUCCUUCCUCUUCCAGCUCAGCUUCUCUACUCUGGGCAAGGACUACUCCGUGGAGGGGAUGAGUGACUCUUUGUUGAACUUCCUGCAGCAUUUGCGUGAGUUCGGGCUUGUUUUCCAGAGGAAGAGGAAAUCUCGGAGGUACUACCCCACUCGCCUGGCCAUCAAUCUCUCAUCUGGCGUCUCUGGGGCUGGAGGCACUGUGCACCAACCCGGCUUCAUUGUUGUGGAAACCAAUUACCGACUGUAUGCCUAUACGGAGUCGGAGCUGCAGAUCGCUCUCAUCGCCCUCUUCUCUGAGAUGCUCUAUCGCUUCCCCAACAUGGUGGUGGCACAGGUGACCCGGGAGAGUGUGCAGCAGGCCAUCGCCAGUGGCAUCACCGCCCAGCAGAUAAUCCAUUUCUUAAGGACAAGGGCCCACCCAGUGAUGCUCAAACAGACCCCGGUGCUGCCACCCACCAUCACGGACCAGAUUCGGCUGUGGGAGCUAGAAAGGGACAGACUUCGGUUCACCGAGGGCGUCCUGUACAACCAGUUCCUGUCGCAAGUGGACUUCGAGCUGCUGCUGGCCCACGCGCGCGAGCUGGGCGUGCUGGUGUUCGAGAACGCGGCCAAGCGGCUGAUGGUGGUGACGCCGGCCGGGCACAGCGACGUCAAGCGCUUCUGGAAGCGGCAAAAGCACAGCUCCUGACCCCGCCGGCCUCGGGGCUUCUGUCUGCGCGGGGGCGGCUCUUGUUUAAUAAAAUUGGAAAUGAACUCGCA